UCAAUAAUAUGGAGGACCUGUGAAACCAGCUAACGACCUAUACGCCAUAAACUGAUCAUGAUGUUUCUAUAGAUAUACCGGUAUAAUACUUGAGUUAUGAAAGCGUUUAAUCUGACACAUAUAUAAAGAAAUUAUAUCUUGUGUUAAUUUGCAUCUGUGGACAAAGUCAGUGACAGUCAUCUGAGAGGGCAGGAUGGGGGUAAGCUUUAACAAGCCGAGGAUCGUCACAGUGAGAGGGAGCUACUACAAGGAGAGCGAGAGGGCUGUCCCCCUUUAUACCUACACGCCGUUCCCUGAACGCUGGAACAGACCCACAGGCUCUCUUAUAACCAGGGUCAAGGCUGUACCGAAUGUCAAAGAAGAAGAGAACGACCUUUACUGGUGGACGGACUGCGAGUUUCUACCAAACAAUGACAGCACAGUGGUCACUACAUGUUCCUCCUUCACUAUACAGCCAAACCAGGCACUGACCGUUAGUCGGGCCAUACAGCCGGGUAAAGUCUGCCUGUUUGAUCUGUCAUCAGAAAAAAACAUAAAGUGUGGCUAUUACCGCCAAGCAUCCGUGGCAUCUUUCCCCAAGUUACAGACAUUCCCAGACGGAGACCACAUUGUGUACCUUGGCUCUACAAGUGGAGAUAUCAAGGUGAUGUCCCUUGAAAGGUCUACAUUUCACAGUCGGGCCCAAGAUAUACACUUUCGGGCGUACAAAUAUGUGGCUGUAUCGCCAAGUGGCUGUUAUUUCGCCAUCAUGGCGCGUACCAGCCGGCAGUAUCAGUACGAGUUACUUAUAUACGACUCACAUUUUGUAACUCGCGCAGAAAGUGUCAUCGACUGCUGUAAGAUGAAUGAUUUCAGAGGUUCCAGAAUGAACCUUGAGCACACGGUAUGUAAAUGGUCACCUGACAGUGAGUAUGUAGCUGCCGCGAUAUCACAUGGCCAUCUUUGUAUUGUGUCACGCAGGUCACAGGCAUGUGUGUGCGAUGUUUUCACCAAUGUCAUUCCAGACAGAGCCCUCAGCAGAGGGACAACCUUUGAUUUUAAUCCCAUGUCAUGUCACCGGAUGGUUUCCGUGGGAACAAAGGAUCGCUUCCUGUACAUUAUUGACAUACAAGAGGGAAAUGUUUUGUGUCAAACAGAGCAUGCAUGUGGGGACCAUGCCAUUGACGUUGUAAAGUUUUCCUGCGAUGGCCUAUUUGUAGGGGUGGCCCUACAUAACUUCUCAGUACAGCUGUUUUCUCCAGUCGACUGUUCUCUCCUUUAUAGCUUUAGUAUGAAGGACAGUCUUCCCUCGCUCCACAACUCCAUGGGACCACAUGCCUCCGUCCUCAAUCUCACUUUCUCCUCCACUGGGGAGCAGGCUGUCACAAGUACAGCAGAUGGAUACGUUUCCUUCUGGCAGCUGCCCCGUAAAAUGGAACUUCAGGUUAUAUGUAAAUUCAAAAUUUUGUCCUGUGUUAGCCUCGACCGAGUGUCAAGACUACCACUUCCUCCGCGAUUAAAGGACUUCCUUCUGUCACUGCCUACCAUGUUGUAGACUAUCAGUGGGUAAGAGUCAGUAGCUCGCACCUAGUUCUCGUCAUAUCAACUUCUCAAGUCACUUGUAACAAAUUAAUGUAAAAUUAUGAGAUACAUGUACAGUGUUCUGAAAAAGAUUCAGGUUCUGGGCAAUAUAUAUCCUUUUUCCCUUGAGAAACAUAUCUUCUUUAGCCAUUACAAGAAACAUAAUAUAGCCUUUAUCACUAUUUAUGAAAUUUCAUUCUAUUAGUGUGUUGUUUCAACAGAGUUAUUCCAAAUAAAUCAACUCAUGCUAGUAUGCAUUUUACAGAAUUAUAAAGGUUCGAAAACCAGAAAAACAAUUGUGUCAACCACCACAAAUAUUUCAUCCAAAGCAUCAAAACAAGAUACUAAAAGAGAAUUAAGUUUAUCUAAGCCGGAAAAUCUCCAUUUUGUUACUUCCUCUUCAUAGUAGAGUGAAAAAUACUCAAAAUUGAAAAACCUCAAAGCAACUAUGAAUUGGAACUCUUCUUAGUGAUGAUGACAGUGUGCAGGGAAGACAGAGUUAUCCUUCUUUGAUUGUGUUAAAAAUCCUUUUAAUGUUAUAUUUUUUUUACAUAUUUUAUCUUUUUGAUGAAAUGAAGAUUUUCUUUUGUAGAAAUUUUUAUAUGCAAUACACUUUAAAUGUUUCCUUUUUGGAAAAUUUGAUCAAUUAUGGUUCUGUGAUAAGAUUAUUGUUACAUUAUAUCAUGUUUAAACUACAUGUUACAUGUACCGUGUUUGCCAUUUUUAGUACCCAGGUUGCUUAAAAAAUUGGCUUAAAGAGGGGCUCUUAUUUAGAUAACAAAUGUGAGGUACCAUGGAAAAGGUUGUGCACAUUCAAUCAACUUUCCAGUGUGUCUGGAGGUUUUGAAAUCAAAUGUUUCAUCUGCCUCUUAGGAAGUUCAGCCAUGAUCACCAGACAUAGAUGAUUGCUUUAAAGUGUAAUUAUUAUAAAUCAUUGACUUGUGAGCACUGGGAGGGUGAGGGGGUUUAUAUGAUUUCAAUUCUUCUGGAAAAAAAGGGAGGGGCACUUAUACAGGAAGGGGCACAAUUCACUGCAAAUAUGGUUAAUAUGGAACAUGUCUGAUCACUUCCAUAUAACCUUGUUAAAGAAACCAUUUCAACAUGAAUUACUGACGGUAUUUUGACAUUACCCGUAGGUUUAUAAAUUUUUGUAACAUUUGUCUAUGCAUCUCCUGCCUUUUAUCAAGACUAUUUCCAACAUGAUUAAAAAUGACGUGUGGAUCCAUGCUUCAAUGUUUAAAGCUUAAUUUAAUUAUUGUUUAUUGUAAUCCAAGGAAGAAUGUCAAUGUCUAAUAAAGUUAGUUUUAAAUGAAAUGUUACAUUGUUAAGAGAGAUUACUGGUCAUAAAUAUACAAAUUGAUGUCCAUGUGUUGAUAACAAUGCAACAUUCAAUGCAAAAACAUUGUAGCUCACCUUGCCUACUCGGUACUGUCCAGAGCAGGGUCUGGGGGCUGCCUAGGCCUGCAGCGUGUCUGGGACAGAGUCAUGGUAGGGGGCUCAGGAAGAAAUCCCCAUUCCACCAAACAGAAAAUGAUUUUCAGGGAUUUUAAAUGCGGGUAGGCAUCAGAAUGACGUUGAUGAUAACUUCAACAUUAAUUGAAAACUGUCAGCACUUUCCAUUAACGAGAAAAUGAAGAAAAAAUAAAUCUAAUUCUCUUUUACGGAAAGUGUCAACGGUUCCAGUAAGCUUAUCAAAAAUAAACUGGAUGGCCCAGUAACAGAUCAUAAAUGAUGGUUCGGGAAAUGGGAAAUAAUUAUUUAGAAGCACAUAUAUAUGUGAAAUUUAUGUGUAGACAAUGAUUUAACUAUCACGGGAAAACCCCAGAAACUAUAUUAUUAAGAGAUUAGUUUGUAGGCAAGUUCUUCCACUGCCUAGUGGCAGCUAUGCCACUGGAAUAACUGAACAAAUGGAUUGAUCGUUGUGUAUGACUCAAAAUGUACUCUCGUUGAUGAGCAAUAUUAUAUUGAAGUGUUUCCAUUCCUUUAAAUUAAUUAAACUAAUCAAUAUGUUCUUCUAAUGUUGUUGUUACAUGUUCACAAAAAUUGUUAUAUUUUUACAGUUGUGUUUAUGCAAAUAUAAGUCAAUGAAAAGUUGUCAGCGCUGUUCUUAAUUUGUUUGAAAUAAAAAAAUACUUUU